UGGCAGAAAUUAUGGUCAAAUUGUUGUGUUCUGGCCAGGGGGGGUCAGCAGCCCUGUUAGCAGAACUGUUGGUGCUGCGCCUGCUCCCACCGCCUGUGGCUUCGACCCGCUGGUGGAGCAGGUCGUCAUAGCAACCGAUGAUUUCUAUUAUGGUACAUCUGCAUUCACCUUCUGGGCCCAGCCUGGCCUUGGAAAUUUCCAGUUAAAACACUUACCUGUGAAACUGCACUGAGCGUCGGCAAGGGACAGCACACAGAACAGGGAGCCCUGUGGCACCAGCACGGGCCAGCGGCAGGCCUGUGCCCACACUCAGGGUGCUGCUGGCACUCAGAGACCCGCUCUGCUGCUCUGAGCACCCAGGCACUGUGGGGUGGCCCCAGGCAGGGCGAGUCUACUGGCCACACACACGCUCAGCCUCCCCUGGGCACACUCAGCCUCCGCUGGGGCCUGUGGCUCCGCCAGGACGUGCCCCUGCGGUGGGUCUCCCCAGCCCUGCCCUGAGCACGGGGUGCGAAGCAGAGGGGCCACAUUGGGGAGGUUGCUGUGUCUGGCUGUCCCAGGGCACAGCCCCAAGUGUGGCACCACUGCUGGCCCCACUGCCACCCAGCCCUGGCCGCAGGCCUGUGGCGUGUCCUGGGGCCAGCCGCAGGCUGAGUACAGCCUGAGGAGAGGGCAGGGGCAGCGUGAGGGUGGCAAGGCCCCGCCGUGGCAGGAGGGUGUUGCCGUGCCCUGGCCCAGUUCUGAGGAUGAUGCCCAGAACCUGGCAACCUCAUGGUGGCAGACAGGGAAGUGCCACAGCGUGCUAGGGACACAGAGCGGUGAGGAGGAUCAUGGCCCAGGAAGACUGCGGGCUACCAGGGGCAGAGGAGACAACACCAGAUCUGAGCAACUCCAUCCAGCAGCUUCAGCAGGAGACAGAGGCCUGGCAGUCCCAGGGCCAAAGGCAAUCGUUGGUGCUGGAGCCACAGCCUGGGGAGCCCAGAGUAUGCCAGGAUACACAGCAGCAGGAGCUGGAGCCAGCUGACGUACUGGCCACGAUACAGGCACUGCAGCGGGACCUGGACUUCUGCAGGGAUGUCAACCGCAAGCGACUGGCCCAGCUGCAGCAGCAGGAGUGUGAAAUGGAGCAGGAGCACCAGGACUUGGUCUCUCUGAUGCAGCAGUGCCAGGUGCUGAUGGACAAGGUCAGUGAUGCAUCCCUCCACCUGAAGGAUGAAGCAGCGCAGACAGAGGUCACCUCCAACGUGGCUGCCCACAGCCAUUCUGUCACCAGCCCCAAUAUCCCAGUGGAGAGCAGAAAGCUGCUUGAGCAGCUGGGGACACAGGAGAACGAGGGCCCGCAGCACAGCCCAGCUCAGCUGCAGCAGUUGGGAGCCACCAAGGCCCAGAAGCAGCAGAGUCUGCAGCAGCUGAGCGGAGCCGAGGAGACCAUCCAAGGCCCACACCAAGAAGUGGUAGAGCUGCAGCAACAGCUUUGCGGGCAGGUGCAGGACACAGCCAACCUGCAGGAAAAACUGGCCCAAGCCCGGCGAGAGAGCACCAAGCAGGAGAAAAAUAUUGCAGUCCUUAAGACACAAAGGCAGCAGCUCCAUCAGGGGCUGAGGAAGAGCUCCCAGCAGCAGAGCAAGCAGGAGGAGAGGCUGCAGGACCUGAGCAGACAAGCCCAAUACUGGCAGCAGCUACAUGUGGACAGUGAAAGAGCUCUGGCUCUGCGAGAAGAGGAGCUGGUUGUCUGCAAGGUGGAGCUGGCUUUCCUUAUGGAAGAGCUCAGCAAGGUGUCAGAGCAGGUGCAGGAUACAAGCAGCCAUUCAAGACACACCAGGCAGAAUGCAGGAGAACCCACACCUCACAGUCAGAACACCUGAGCAGCCCCACAAGUGUCAGCAGCUGAAAAAGUUCUACAGGCCAACAACCUGACAGCACCAGCCUUGCACAAUUCUGCAGAGCUGCCUCCACCCAACACUUGCUUCUGGGACAAGAAGCAGCGCAAAAGAAAGCAAGGAUUAAGACUGACAACCUUUAAACAAAUAAAAUUCUUUCUGUUCUGUA